AUGGGUGAGAGGCAGCAGAGACACAGGGGAGGGAAGAGUGAGAGGCAGCGGAGACACAGGGGAAGGAAGAGUGAGCUCAGUGAGAGGCAGCAGACACACAGGGGAGGGAAGAGUGAGCUCAGUGAGAGGCAGCAGAGACACAGGGGAGGGAAGAGUGAGCUCAGUGAGAGGCAGCAGAGACACAGGGGAAGGAUGGAGGAAAUCAGAGGUUUCUGCAGCCAGCUGUCUGCUUAUCCCGAUUCAUCACUGAGCAUGAUAUACGAAUAUUACAGUGAUGACCUAAAAGACAUUCUGGAGAACUUAGACAACCAUGCCCUACUGAUGCAGUUAAAAUUUCGGGACGUCUUACAUGCAGAAAACUACCGAUCAUUAAAAAAAGAACUGGGGCCUUCUUCCUUCUCUACCACGUUGUUACAAGAUGUUCGGGAUCGGGGAAGAGAAGCUGUGAUUGGACUCUGGAAAUGUCUCUAUGCGCUGCACAAAGCACAUCCUCAUCCUAAUUUAUUGUCCAUUCUGGGGGAAAUCAGCCAGACAGGUGAGAGUCUGGUGGAGCAGAUUCUGCUGGAUACACAUGGCUGUUCACUGACUCCAGAGCUGAAAGAAAUUCAGAUAAAGCACAAACAACAUCUGAUGGAGAGGACUGAGAUUCUAGUGGAGCACAGACCCCCAGGAACUACCCUGGAACCACAAAGAUUCCUCAUCAAUGAGCGUUAUGUGAAGCUGGUUGUAGUCUCCUCUGAUCAGUUCAGGGAACGUCCCCAGAAUGAGCUAAUACAGACCGGGGAGAGACAUGAGGAAUGCUUGAAGAAAACACAAUCUGGACUAGAACACAUUUCCCCCAACAGGCUGUUCCGCUGGAGCCACCAGUCACAAUGUGCACCACAUGCAGUAAUGGUGAGCGGAGUUCCAGGAAUAGGGAAGACCACACUGAUGCAGAAGUUUGUCUAUGACUGGGUGACCGGAAAACACUACCAGAGAUUUGCUUUUCUCUUCUUCUUCAGAUUCCGGGACCUUAAUAGACUGGGAGAGGUCAGCUUGGAGGAGAUGAUUCUUCAACAAUAUCCGUAUCUGAGGAGUCAUAUUGGAGAUAUUUUAAAACAUCCAGAGAGUCUUCUGUUCAUAUUUGAUGGCUUAGAUGAAAGUGUUCACCAAUUGGAUUUCAGAUCAAGCACACUGUCUGAUCCAAAAUUAAGGAAAGAUUAUAGCAGUAUUUUGUCCAAUUUGGUAAGACAGAAUCUUCUUAAGGGUUGCUCUGUACUGAUCACCAGCCGCCCAACCAGACUGGCCUCAGUUGAUACUGGUGUCUUCCAGAGAAUAUCUGACAUCAUGGGAUUUCUCCAUGGAGACAGACUGAUCUAUUUCAAAUAUUUCUUUGGAAAUGAGGAAUUAUCAGAAAAGGCUUUUCAUUAUGUGCAGGAGAAUGACACGCUGUACACUUUCUGUUAUAUCCCAUCAUACUGCUGGAUCAUCUGUACAGUGUUAUCAAUGUGCUUCAGAGCCCAACCAACAAUCACUGAUCAGCUGAUGACAUCAAUGCCCAAAACAGUGACACAACUCUUUGUGACUUUUGUCUCCAACAUGCUGGCCAAUCACAACCAGAAUAAAGAUGGUGGUCACCCUGCCCGGGAACUGCUGACAUCUAUUGGGUGGAUGGCAGAACAUGGAGUCAUGAAUCACAUGAUUGUAUUUGAUGAGCGUCAUCUGGACUCAUUCAGUGUGAGAAAUGAUAAACAUCUCUUUUCAUGUUUCAUGAUGGAAUCUGGUCAGCCUCCUGAUGUGGAUUACACCUUCUUACAUCUCACUCUUCAGGAGUUUUUUGCUGCUUUAGUCCAUUUCAUGAACUAUAAUCCGGACACAUUACAGGAAACACUUGAUGAUGCUGAAUCUUACAAAGAUGGCCGUGGUGAAAUCUUUCUCCGUUUCCUCUGCGGUCUCUCACACUCUUCUACUAGAUCCAUGUUAAAGUCUCAUGUGGGAAAAUUGUCUAAUCAGGCUGCCAGACAUGUCAUCACCUGGAUCCAGAUGAAAAUGGGACAAGAACAAGGUUACAAGAGAGAUCUUCUUAAUGUCUUCUACUAUCUCCAUGAGAGCAGGAAUAAGGCUCUGGUGUCACAAUGUGUUGGAUCAAACAAAGUUGACUUUUCUGAUGUCCCCCUCAGCCCUCUGGACUGCUCCGUGCUGUCUUUUAUCCUUCAAUCCUGCAGAGAGAUAGAAGAAGUAAAUUUAAUUAGAUGCAAUGUGCAGAAUGAAGGGCUGAAGAAACUUGUGCCGGCUUUAUUGGCCAUCAGGAAUUUGAAUUUGCAUCAAAAUCACCUGACAGACAUUUCCUGCCCUGACCUGGCAUCUGGAAUAAGAAAUAACCAGACACUGAGGACACUGGAAGUGUCCAAUAACAAUCUGGAGGGUCCUCAUUUCAGGGAUCUGAUGGUAGCUCUGACAAUGAGCCGGAUAGAGGAAUUACGUUUACGUGAUAAUAAACUAACAGACAUUUCCUGCCCCGACCUGGCAUCUGGAAUAAGAAAUAACCGAACACUGAAGAGACUGGAUCUGUCUAGGAACAAUCUGGAGGGUCCUCAUUUCAGGGAUGUGAUGGAAGCUCUGACAACAAGCCAGAUAGAACAAUUAUAUUUCGUUGGGUGUCAAAUGACAGACAGUUCCUGCCCCGACCUGGGAUCUGGAAUAAGAAAUAACCAGAUACUGAAGAGACUGGACCUAUCUGAGAACAAUCUGGAGGACUAUACCCACAAGAAUGAGUACCUUCUAAAGUCCUUUAAGAAUGAGUACCUUCUAAAGUCCUUCAAGGAUGAGUACCUGAAACGUCCGUACUGUCCGCGAGCCGUCUGCGUCCCAGCGUGGAACGCAGCGGCCGCGUCACGUGGGAUGUUUGCCUCCCUGAAGGGGAGGUUCCUUGCGCUCCACGGUGGAACGCAGAAACCCGCAAAAUCCAAAGGAGCAUUACAGUACCUUCUAAGGUCCUGUAAGAAUGAGCACCUUCUAAAGUCCUUCAAGAAUGAGUACCUUCUAAAGUCCUUCAAGGAUGAGUACCUUCUAAAGCCCUUCAAGGAUGAGUACCUUCUAAAGCCCUUCAAGAAUGAGUACCUUCUAAAGUCAUUCAAGAAUGAGUACCUUCUAAAGUCAUUCAAGAAUGAGUACCUUCUAAAGUCUUUCAAGAAUGAGUACCUUCUAAAGUCCUUUAAGAAUGAGUACCUUCUAAAGUCCUUCAAGGAUGAGUACCUUCUAAAGUCCUUCAAGAAUGAACCCGCAAAAUCCAAAGGAGCAUUACAGUACCUUCUAAGGUCCUGUAAGAAUGAGCACCUUCUAAAGUCCUUCAAGAAUGAGUACCUUCUAAAGUCCUUCAAGGAUGAGUACCUUCUAAAGUCCUUCAAGGAUGAGUACCUUCUAAAGCCCUUCAAGGAUGAGUACCUUCUAAAGCCCUUCAAGAAUGAGUACCUUCUAAAGUCAUUCAAGAAUGAGUACCUUCUAAAGUCAUUCAAGAAUGAGUACCUUCUAAAGUCUUUCAAGAAUGAGUACCUUCUAAAGUCCUUUAAGAAUGAGUACCUUCUAAAGUCCUUCAAGGAUGAGUACCUUCUAAAGUCCUUCAAGAAUGAGUACCUUCUAAACUUCUAA